AUGUCGCGGGCGGCAAUCAAGGCCCCUGCACAACUGCCGGAGCUGGUGAGGGCGGCGUUUGCAAAGGCCCGCACGGAGGGCGAGGUGCAAUAUUUUCCCACAAAGGUGACGCUGCUGUCGGUGGGAUCCAUUCCGUUUCAACUCCGCUUCUCCCCGGCCCUGGCCAACAAGCCGCAGCGCGCCGGCCACGCGCCGCGGGAGCAGCCCGUGGACCCGUUUGCGUACCCGCCGCGCCGCCUGUUCGUCGCGGACCUCGGCCCGUCGCAUUACCUGGUGCUCAACAAGUUUGCCGUUGUGCCGGAGCACUUUAUUCUCGCCACCAGGGAGUUUAGGCCCCAGACGGGCGUGCUCGACGAGGCCGACUUGGAGGCUACGUUGGCGUGCAUCCGGGCCUACCGGGACUCGCGGGAGGAUGGGGACGGGCUGUUUGCGUUUUUCAACGGUGGUGAGCACUCGGGGGCCAGUCAGCCGCAUAGGCAUAUCCAGCUGUUGCCCGUGGCUAGGAUGAGGGAGGGCCUAGACGACGGCGCUUCAUGGAGCCUCCUCGCCACGAGCCCCCAUCUCGACAAGGCGCCCUUUGCCACGUUUUCGGAAAAGAUUAGCCAGAGCACGUCGCCGCGCCACCUCCACGCAGCGUACCUGCGCCUCUACCGCCAAGCAUGCCACGCGGCCACGGGCACGGCGCUACCUGCUGGGGAUGAGGGCGAGGGCGAGGCGCGCAUCAGCUACAACCUGGCCAUGACCGAGGACACGCUGGUGGUGUGCCCGCGGCGGGCCGAGGGCGGCGAGGUACGCAGGCCGGCAGAAGGCGGCGGCGGCGAGGUGGUGGGCAGGCUGGCGCUCAACGGGACGGUGCUGGCGGGCACGGCGCUGGUGAGGAAGCAGGAGGAGUGGGACGCGCUGAGGGAGGAUCCGGGGGGGUUGGUGCGUGUGCUUGGGAGGAUUGGGGUGCCGAGGGGGGAGUGA